GGACAUCGUGCGUCCCCACUGCCACCUGGGCCGCCCGGCAGGCAGGCAGGCGACGGAGGCCCGGGAGCCAUGGGCGACUGGGGCUUCCUCGAGAAGCUGCUGCACCAGGUCCAGGAGCACUCGACUGUGGUGGGCAAGAUCUGGCUGACGGUGCUUUUCAUCUUCCGCUUCCUCGUCCUGAGCACGGCUGGCGAGUUGGUGUGGGACGACGAGCAGUCGGAUUUCGAGUGUAACACGGCCCAGCCCGGCUGCACCAAUGUCUGCUAUGACCAGGCCUUCCCCAUCUCCCACAUCCGCUACUGGGUGUUGCAGUUCCUCUUCGUCAGCACGCCCACCCUGGUCUACCUGGGCCACGUCAUUUACCUGUCUCAUCGCGAGGAGCGGCUGCGGCAGAAGGAGGGGGAGCUGCGGGCACUGUCAGCCAAGGACCCGCGUGUGCAGCGGGCGCUGGCAGCUGUCGAGCAUCAGAUGACCAAGAUCUCAGUGGCGGAGGAUGGUCGCCUGAGGAUCCGCGGCGCGCUGAUGGGCACAUAUGUGGCCAGCGUGCUCUGCAAGAGUGUGCUAGAAGCCGGCUUCCUGUAUGGCCAGUGGCGUCUCUAUGGCUGGACCAUGGAGCCCGUGUUUGUGUGUCAGCGCCCACCCUGCCCCCACCUCGUAGACUGCUUCGUCUCGCGCCCCACAGAGAAGACUGUCUUCAUCAUCUUCAUGCUGGUUGUCGGAUGCAUCUCCCUGGUGCUCAACGUGCUGGAGCUGGCACACCUGCUGUGCCGCUCCCUCAGCCAGAGGAUGAAGGCCGGGCAGGGCCAGGACGCCCCCCCAGCCCAGGGCACCUCCUCGGAGCCUUAUGCAGACCAGGUCUUCUUCUACCUCCCCAUGGGCGAGGGGCCAUCGUCCCCCCCAUGCCCCACCUACAAUGGGCUCUCGUCCGAUGAACAGAUCUGGGCCAACCUGACUGCGGAGGAGGGGCUGGCUUCUUCCGGGCCCCCCCUCUUCCUGGACCCAUCCCCGCAGAGUGGCCAGAAAUCCCCCAGACGCCCCGACAGCUCUGCUUCCAAGAAGCAGUAUGUGUAGGGACUUGGGGCUUGUGUCACCCGACAGUGGGGCCCUGGGAAGUCGGGCUGCCUCGGAUGCACUCUCCUCAAAGGCUCUGCAGAGAUGACUGGGGUGGGAGAAUGGGUGCUUGCUGGCCAGAGGGCCUCAUUUCAGGUUGAUCUUGAACACCUGAAGUCUUCCCAGUGGCCAGAGGGAACCACAGUUUCCCUUCCAGAACACAGCUUUGCCCCAGGCACAGAGAGAGCCAGCUCGCGGUGCUAUGGGCCAAGAGUGUUGUGCGCCCUCUUGCCUGUUUCACCUGGUUCAGAGGGACCCAGAGACAACGUGCCCCAUCCCACAUUCGUGGAAGAUUCACCUCCACCCACGGUGUCCUCACACCCUGUCCUCACAGGAAAAGGCUGGUGGGGGCUGCUGGGUUGGCCUUGAUCACACACCCAGACAGAGCCUGUGCUGGAUCUGGCCCUGUCAAGGGGACUGGUGUCGUCUUGUCAUCACUUCUGGCUAGUUCCACUCUUUAUGCUUUAAAAUAAAUAGGACUUGAUCACCAGCUAGGUGUGUCCUC